CUGGAUUGAAAAGCCCCCAUGACUGGCCGUGCCACGCGUUUCAGAUAGACUGCCUCGAGAUGGACUGUUAAAUAAGAAGCAUUUUAUUCCCCUUUUUUACUUCAGGUAAAAUGGACGAGAAAUUAUUAUUACUUUUAUUACUUCUCUUAUCUCUACACGCGAGGCAGUGAUUCUGCUUGUAUUCAUCAUGAUCCUUUUACUCCGUUGGAUUGCCUCUUAUUGAUUCAGAGUGUAAACUCAAUACAUUACAAGACGAAUUUCAACGUGAAGUGAAAGCCUGCUGAGGACAGUUGGAUACGGGGAUCGUGGAGGUAUUCCCUCCCUUGUUCUUCAUUUGAUUUAUUCCGAUUUAAACUGAAGGGUAAAUGUUGAUGAUGGGGGACGACGAAUUGGACGCUCAUCAGGUUGAUUCGGAUUUCGAGCCGCAAAGCCGGACUCGCUCGUGCACCUGGCCGCUGCCUUGCCCGGAGGACUUCCCCGGAGGACACGAGGUCAGCGGGGGUCUUCCACUGGUCAACAUCAAGGUGGAACCAGAGGACGUCCCGGCUUGCAUAGCGGGGCUCGUAGGCGGAACACCGGGAGAGCUGACACAUCCAGCCGGUGCCCCGGCACCCACAGGCGCGACGCACCCAUGCCUGGCCGGCGCGGCGCUGGAUGUGACCGGACCGCUGCGCAAAGCCAAAUCCUCGCGGCGGAACGCGUGGGGGAACCAGUCCUACGCUGAUCUCAUUACCCGCGCCAUUGAGAGCACCCUAGAAAAGAGACUCACGCUGUCACAGAUAUACGACUGGAUGGUCCGUUAUGUGCCCUAUUUCAAGGAUAAGGGCGACAGUAAUAGCUCAGCUGGCUGGAAGAACUCCAUCCGACACAACCUAUCCCUCCACACACGUUUUAUCAGGGUACAGAAUGAGGGAACAGGGAAGAGUUCUUGGUGGAUGCUGAACCCAGAUGGAGGGAAGAUGGGCAAGUCUCCCCGCCGGCGAGCGGUCUCCAUGGACAACAGCACCAAAUACCUAAAAAGCAAAGGCCGCGUCCGGGGCAAAAGGGUUGGCCGGCCUGGGAUAGGAGCAGGGUCUGUUGUGGUUGGGCUUCAGGGCUCCCCCGACCAUGGCAGCCCACCACAUAAAGGCCUCCCAGCAACUGGGGGUUCAUGUGGGACAGACGGAGAGUUUGAUGCUUGGACGGACCUCCAUUCCAGGGCGAGUUCGUCAGCGUCCACACUGAGCGGCCGUCUGUCACCCAUCCUCGCAGAAGGAGAGCCAGAGGAGCCAGAGGAGAGUGGCCUGUCCUGUUCCACCUCCCCCCACCUCUACCCCUCUCCGACCAGUACCCACUCUCCAUCCAGGGGGGCCGGUAAUCUCUGUCCUCCACUCGAGCAGCUGCCCCAGCUAGCUAACCUGACAGGUGCCAUCAGCCUGGAUGAGCAACUGAUGGAGGAUAGUUAUCAUCAUCAUCACCCAUCGCAACAUCAGCAGCAUUCAGCUGUUGGCAGGCAUAAGCACCAAACCCCCGUCUACCACUACAGCUCGGGGGUGAAGGCUCAGAGCCCCUAUGGGGCCGGCGUCUAUGGUGCAACAAGCAUGGGGAUGCUACGCCACCACUCACCCAUGCAGACCAUUCAGGAGAACAAGCCGGCAAGUUUCUCUGGAACCAUGCGGGCUUACUCCAGCACCAACGCCCUGCAGAGCCUGCUAACAGGGGUUCCAGCUAGGCAGCAGUACUGUUCUAAGGACAUGAUGCUGGGACAGGAGCGGGAAAGCCAUCCUAUGAUGGGUCAAACGAGUAAUGGAGUAGGCUCCAACCAUCACAGCCACCUCCCUGGCCUCCACAAUGGCCACAGCCACAAUGGACCUCUUAGUCACAGCUCGGCUCAUAGCCAUAACAGAACUCACAGCCAUACGAGUAGUCAUAACCACAACAAUGUCACUAACCACAACCACAACUCACCUCACAGCCUCGCUCACAACGGUCACAACCUCAACCAGAGCCAUAACCACACACCGCCCCGGGCUGUGGCCCUCACCCCCCGCGGAAACAGCAAUCAGCUGCAGACCUACAACCACAAAGCUCCCUUCUUGUACAGCCCCCCUUCACAUGCCCACCUCCCGGCCUCCACCACCCUCCCCCCAAACCCAGCAGGUAUGAUCGGCUUGCCCCAGGACUCCUGCCACGUGGCCGCCGCCCCACACCCCCGUCACAACCAUUACCCAGACCCACAACACCAAGGCAUGACUAACGGACCAUACCAUCAUGGCCAGGGGAUUGGUAAUGGUUGUGUUGGUAGCAACUACCUUGGCUAUCACCAACCUCUCCCCCACGAGAGACUACCGGCGGACCUGGACAUUGACAUGUUCCACGGCAGCUUGGACUGCGAUGUGGAUUCCAUCCUCCUCCAUGACAUUAUGGACUCUGCGGAGGAGAUGGACUUUAACUUUGACUGCUCCCUUGCCCAGGGGGUGGGCAUCGGCAUGGGUAUGGGCAUGGGUGUGACCAUGGGCAUGGGGAUGGGGAUGAGCGGUCUGACGGGUCCACAACAAGCCCAUAGCAACCAGAGCUGGGUGCCUGGCUGAAGUCUAUGACAACACUUCCUUAACCCUAAAUGAACUACCCAUGAAGCACUGUGCUCAACUGUGACAUUCCUGACUUGACACAGCGACUAUAGGACCAACACUUCCCCCUCUUUGUUGUCUUGACAAUUCUUCUGUCACCCUACCCUCUUUUGAUUUCCCUCCGCCCCCCCCCCCCCUAGAGAUCUAGCUCAUGUCACGUUAGGUUUUUCUUCAGCUAUACUGUGAUGACAAUCUCUCAGCUGUGCUUGCCCGACAUCGCUUCUCAUCUACCAUGAGAACUGAACUCUCAAUGCACUUUAUUGCAAGUGGGUCACAUCUACCAGUGCAACGCGUUCUCAGAGCAGCGCAGGCAGAGCUUGACAUGCUUUGUAAGGUGGCUGCAGCGUUUGACGGCAACAAAUGAGGAAAUCACAAGCUCCACAAGUUUAUAAAGUGACACGUCUUGGCAUUGAAUUAAAAUUGGACUCAUUUUCAGAGGUGGUGAGGACAAUCUUUUUUUUUUUGCCAAAUGUCCUUAGUGUCUUUUUGAUCUUUUUUCAAAACCUUAGACGUUUCCUCUUCUUCAUCAGAAUCAGAAUUCCUUUAUUAGUCCCACAGAGGGGAAAUUGACAUUGUUACAGCAAAGAGACAAUAAUGAUAGACAAAAUAAAAUCAGUAUUUAAUAGUGGCAUACAUACUAAACAUUUAAAAUCAAAUAAUAAUUACACAUUCCAAGUAUAUAAAUGUAAGUAGCAGCAUUAUAAAAAAUUAAGUGAAACAAGUAUCAAGUUUACAAGUAUAACAAUCCCUCACUGUACCACAUUUAUAAAAACAAUUAUUACAAUAUAUUGUACACCAUAUUUAAAAAGAAAUCAGAUCUAGAACAAGUUUACCAUUAAUAUGCUAAUGACAUUCACAUCCUCAACAGAUCAGCGCUGUUAUAUACGGCUACUUACAUUUAGUCCUUGGCGCUUUGACUUUAUCUUGGAUGUAACAUUUUGUCAAUGCCCUUUUGCCUUUCGGUUAGAGAAUAUUGUCACUACAUCGUUAAAUGGAUUCCAUCAUUACCGGCUAGCAUGCAAUUUGGUGAAUUAAAAAUGUUGUAUCACCUUGUCUCACCUGGGCUUCUCGCGCCAGUUUCUCUCUCUCCCCCCGCCUGCCAGUGGAGACAAAGUGACCAUUCCUCACACCAAGCCAUUAAUGUGGCUUGAUUGAAAUUCAGCAUCUUGCUUUUAAUCUCCAAAGUGAUGCGGCAGCGAUGCGUCAUUAUUGAGAAUCUAACGCGUUGUCCUCCCAUCUCUCACCCCGGCCGCUCAGGCAGCCGCUCGCCUCUUCGACUUAACGUGCCAAGAAAGCGAGACAAAACUGUGAUUAACGCCGAGUCACUCUGCCUGCUGUCCUGCUCUGAGAGGGGCCAAUGUCACUGUCCACUUGCCUGCUCAUAGAGGGUACAAAAGGGAAAAAAUGGGAAACUGUUGUUGCAGUGGAAUCAAUCAUUAGCCUCGGUUUCCAUACUCUUUGGGCGUGUGUGUCUGAAAACAGGUAGUGUAUUCGUAUUGUAAAUCAUCUCCAAUCUCUGUGUUCUGUAUCCCCCUUGUUCCCAUGUUUCCACUGCUUAUACCCUGAGCUUCAAAUAGGUGCAAAGGGAGAGACUUAAGGAGAAAACAAUCAGCCAAUCUAAGUGGCAUGAGUCUGCGUCAAGCCAUCCACAUCCACUUUUUGUGUGUUUAUUCUGUUGUCUUGUAGUUGUUGUUGUAUUGUUGAAUUUCUAAGGACCAACAAGGACCGCGCUUAAAGAUCCAUAGUGUAAGGACGGGAUUCAACGGUGAGAUGUUGUCGAUAGUGCAGGAUGACCUUCCUACGCUCUGAUACCGUGCACCCCCUCCCACACGCGCUCUCCUCAAUUGUCUCUGUUUGUGAGUGGGGGAGUCUCAAGCUUGUUUCUCACUGGCCUUGAAAGAGAUAGAGAAAAAAAGACCCCUAUUCUCUACAGUUCCCUUAAGGAGACUCUCUGCGCUUGGUUUGCACCAAGUACGGCACACAAAGAGAAAGAUGGGGGGGUAAGGGCUGGGCGAGGGUUAUUGUUACAGCCAAAGGUCAAGCACGGCGCAGACUUUCAGACCCAUUAUUGAGAUAAAUCCCUUUAUUUCAGGGCUUUUAGUCACGCUGGUUCCAGCUAAUCUCUGUGUGGAAAAUGUGUGGAAUUUUCUAAGCAAAUGGGCCACACAAAGCAGUUAUGUUAACCUAUGCUACAGACCUUUAGCGAAGCCCUACUAUUGGAAAGAGAGCUAUAUAUGAUGUCUAAUUUUCCUAUAUUUAUUUAUGAAAAAGAUUGGUCUUUGUCACUCCUAAAUGUGGUAGUUGUUUGAGUCAACUCCUUUUUCCUUUCUUUUAUUUCUCUGUUUUUUAAAGAUGUCACUCUCCCUUUGCCCCUUUUACUGACUUUUAUUUUGUACAAAAUCUAUAUAUUAAGAAUAUUGUAUAAUAGUUUUUAAAAAUCUCAAAAUAAUAUCAGUUUUGUUGUCUAUUUCUUUUUUAAGAGAAUGUAUCUCAUCAUCU